AUGACGUUUUCAGCCGAAGCUUGGAGGUGUUUAUUGUUCCUUCCCUUCGAAGAGAGAAAGGAGGCUAGAAAGGCGAAGCUUUAACGAUUACCGAGACGUUUACAUAGACCAUUUUCAUACGGUUUCAAUUACACAAAACAACGGCAGAGGAAGGUUGACACAGGACCCAGUGGCCAUGGCAUAUGCAUACCUUUUCAAAUACAUCAUUAUCGGAGACACAGGUGUGGGGAAAUCAUGCCUAUUAUUACAGUUCACAGACAAGCGGUUUCAGCCGGUGCACGACCUCACUAUCGGUGUGGAGUUUGGGGCGCGGAUGAUCACCAUAGAUGGUAAACAGAUCAAGCUGCAGAUCUGGGACACGGCCGGCCAAGAGUCCUUCCGCUCCAUCACCCGGUCUUACUACAGAGGGGCAGCUGGCGCCCUGCUCGUGUAUGACAUCACAAGAAGGGACACCUUCAACCACUUGACAACCUGGUUAGAGGACGCUCGCCAACAUUCCAACUCCAACAUGGUCAUCAUGCUCAUUGGGAACAAGAGUGACCUGGAGUCCAGGAGAGAGGUGAAGAAGGAGGAGGGAGAGGCCUUCGCCAGAGAGCACGGCCUUAUCUUCAUGGAGACCUCCGCCAAGACYGCAUCCAACGUAGAAGAGGCAUUCAUCAACACAGCGAAGGAGAUCUACGAGAAGAUCCAGGAGGGUGUCUUCGACAUCAACAAUGAGGCUAACGGCAUUAAGAUUGGGCCCCAGCACGCUGCCACCAACUCCACACUCUCCGGUAGCCAGGGGGGCCAACAGGCUGGCGGGGGAUGCUGCUGAACACCCUGCCCCUCUG